AUGUCCCAAGCACCCAAGGACCCCUUGACGGCAAGGACGUUGUUCAACUUCAACAUCACGGGCGCAGACCUGUACGACCUGUUUGGAAAGUACGGCCCAAUCCGGCAGGUCCGAAUGGGUAACUCGACCGAGCUCAAGACCAAGGGCACGGCGUAUGUGGUGUACGAGAGCCCAGACGACGCAAAGGAGGCGAUCAACCACUUGAAUGGUUUCCACUUGAUGGAGCGGUACAUUGUUGUCCUCUACCACCAGCCAUCCAAGCAGCAGUCUUCGGCCGUCGCCAAGGCCGAGAUCCGCGCACGAGAACACGAGCUGGCGGCGGAGAAGAGGCGGCUGGGUAUGGACUAG